GCUGCGUUCGACUUCGUCGACUCUCAUGCUCACUCGCAGAUCUCAAAGUGCAUGGAUACGUCGAGCCACAACACAGUCUGUCCUUCAUCACGGUCGUGCCUGUUAACACGUUGACACAGUUGAGCUAAAGUAAAGGCGGUCUGGAACGCGGUCUCUAAUCUCAACGUAAGAAUCAGUUGUUGCAGCAGCAGAGCAGCUGUCAUGUGAAUCAGCUGGUCGAACAAGGAGGGGGAUACACAACAACACUGCUCUGUCUUUCUAAAUCAAGGUUAUAUCUGGUGAGGCGGCGGGAUGGCGGGAGCAGAGGUGCACACCCCUGCAAACCCCACCUGCAAGAUUAUGACCUUCAGGCCCACCAUGGAGGAGUUCAAGGACUUCAACCAGUACCUGGUGUAUAUGGAGUCUCAGGGUGCACACCGCGCAGGGUUGGCUAAGGUGAUUCCUCCUAAAGGCUGGAAGCCGCGUCGCACCUAUGACGACAUAGAUGAUCUAAUGAUUGAUGCACCCAUCCAGCAGAUGAUGGCUGGCCAAUCAGGGCUCUUCACCCAAUACAACAUCCAGAAGAAGCCUCUCAGCGUGCAGGAGUUCAGGCGAUUAGCCAACAGUGACAUGUACUGCACACCUCGCUACCUGAACUAUGAAGAUCUUGAGCGGAAAUAUUGGAAGAACCUCACUUUUGUCUCACCCAUAUAUGGUGCAGAUGUUAGUGGCAGCCUCUAUGAUGAGGAUGUGGACGAGUGGAACAUUGGCCACUUGAACUCUAUCUUGGAUGUUAUCGAGGAGGACUGUGGUGUAUCUAUCCAGGGAGUUAACACUCCAUAUCUAUACUUUGGCAUGUGGAAGACCACCUUCUCCUGGCACACUGAAGAUAUGGACCUGUACAGCAUCAACUACCUCCACUUUGGAGAGCCAAAAUCCUGGUAUGCAAUCCCCCCUGAGCAUGGGAAGAGACUUGAGCGUCUGGCUACAGGUUUCUUUCCUAACAGCUUCAAGGGGUGUGAGGCUUUUCUUCGUCACAAGAUGACUCUAAUCUCCCCUUCCAUACUGAAGAAGUAUGGCAUUCCCUUUGAUAAGAUUACACAGGAAGCUGGAGAGUUCAUGAUUACUUUCCCUUAUGGCUACCAUGCUGGCUUCAAUCAUGGCUUCAACUGUGCGGAGUCCACCAACUUUGCCACUGUGCGCUGGAUAGACUAUGGCAAGGUAGCCACCCAGUGCACCUGUAGCAAGGACAUGGUAAAGAUAUCCAUGGAACCCUUUGUGAAACGUUUUCAACCGGAUCGGUACACUAACUGGAUGGUGGGCAAAGAUUCUGCCCCUCUUGACCAUAUACUUGCCACUCCAAGUACAACACCGGAGCUGCAGAGCUGGUUGCAGAGGCGGCGCAAGAACAAACCUACGAAUAAAGGCAGCCCCCACUCACGUAUGCGUUCCAAGCGCCUCAGAACCACUAAGGAGCCUAUUGGCCUGGAUGGCAGCUCAACCUUGACAAGCAGCAAGAGGAAAGGCCUGGGUGGUCCACCUGGGCCGAAGGCGCGAAGGUCUGUGGCAGGGACAAGCUGUAGGGAAGAGGAGGAGAAAGAGAAGAAAAAGGAAGUAGAGUCAAAGCACAACCAGAAUCAGAACUCUGCUGCGCUUUCUGGUCCUUGCAGACAGAUGUGUGUGGUAAAGGUAAAUCGCGUAGUGAGUAAUAGUUUGGGAUUUUUAAAUAAGGAACCAUCCCACAACUCUCACUGCAGCCCCAUUCCCUCCCCUUCCUCGCCAGUAAAGAAUGACCUUAAGGCAGCGAUGGUCACUCAUAUUGACCGUGAACACGUCUCAGGCUCAGGGGUCACAAGCAGGACUCCCAAAGAACUCAGACAAUGGCCUGAGGCUACCCAGAUGCAUCAGGGAAUUCACGAGCCAAGGUGUUGCUCUCCUGAACAACAAGACCUCUCACCUUCUCAGGACUGCUCUAUCAGGUUCCCUCCCCUGGAGGCCAACAAACUCAGUUCAUCUCCCCACACAACAAGCAAUUCUGCUGAGACCGAGAUGAGCUUGUGUCCCCCUGACUGUGAACCUCAGACAUCUAGUUCCUCAUGUAGAGAAGACACUUUAAGCCGCACACCAAACGCUGAUUGUAGCAUGGACACGGGUACUGAAAAUAACACUAACAACAUUGCUAAAGCAGAGAAAAAAGGCACAGUUGUUGAUACAAAACAUAUCAAUCCACACACAACUAAAGAACUUUAUGAUCUCAAAACUGAGCCAGCAGAGGGGGGUAGUUACACAUCAUGCGCUUCAGUCUCCAUUUCAGGACACAAUUCUAGUUUGGAAAAAAACAGCACUGAGGAGAAUCUUUUCCCUCCUUUGCUACAGAGGAAUGCAGUGGAUAUGCCACAACUCACUCCAGAGACGGCAGAUAAGGUUGGAAUCUGCCCUUUGCCACCUGUACUGAUCCAAGAGAUGCCCUCCCUUACCCCGGCUGUUGAUGGGCUAACCAACGUCCCACAAGCUACAUCGUGCAGUCACCAGGUUGCACCAGUACUUCAACGGGAGACGCCAACCAGCUUUCAGUCCCUAAAUGGAGCCAAACAGGAAGGUAGAAAACAUGACUUAAUGAUGUCAAAAGAACCUCUUACUGUAGAACAUGUCAUCAAGUGGCAUUUAGAUUCUCCAUAUAAUUGUGAUCGGGCAGCAGUGUCUGGUUUGGAAGGAAACACUGCUCAUUUAACUGCCAAUGCUAUGCAAAAAAUAACAUCUGGUGGUGUCCAUGAAAUGCUAAUAAUGCCGGGAAUUGCUGCAGAAAAAGAUCAUACAAAACUGGGAAAUAUGACAACUGGACAGACCGAUGCUUUCCCUUGCUCAGCACCUCAGACACAGACACAAUACAGCUUAGCAGAGUUAACAAGUGAAGAUUAUAAGGACCCAGCUCAAAGGGACAGUGCAUUUAGUCUGAGCAGUUGUGGCUCUGUUUUAACUUGUACCUCAAACAAUAAUCCCCCAACCCCUUUUCCACCAUUAUGCACUGAAAGUGUCAGUCACUCAGCAUUACAACUCCACCACCACACUACAUACUCCCCUUCACAUUGUACGUCUGAGAACCCAUACAUGGAACCCAAACCUUUUUCCAGCAGCAUCUGGAAAAACUUCAAUUCCCAGGGUCCUGCAGUACUUAUCCAGAGUCUGCACCCGGAACUCCCUUCUGACUUUACCCAUGACCCUCUACCUUACACCAUGUGGACUGAACCUCAGUGCAAAGAAGUCACAGACCUGGAGGACCCAGAACAAGACCUUCGUGAGUCAGAGAACCAAGAGGAGGAAGGUGGACCUCUCACUUGGGCCCAGCUGGAGCCCACCUCGCUUGUUUCCGUCAGUGCCGUUGAGCCCUUGGGGCUUUGUGGAGAUUAUGAGCUCCACAGAGGGGAAGCAUAUGGGUCUGAAGCCCUUUCCUUGUGCAUGGAGCUGGGGAGACGAAGGGAGGCAGAGGAGAGUCUACACUCUACAGCAGCAGAUGCUGCGGUUUCACCUUUCAGGAUGGGAGGAGGAGAACAGGAUGGGGUGUCUGAUAUGGAAGAAGGGGGAUCUGAUGUUGAAGAGGCUGAGCAGCAAAGCAGUGCCAAGGUAGAAAGCAGCAGUGACUCAUCUGAUGAGGAGGAGGAGGAGGAGGAGGAAGAAGAGGAGCGAAAUGAUACGAGUAACUGCGAGGGUGAUGAAUCGGGCCUGGAACCUGGGGAGGUUUGUGCCUACCCUGCCCUGUCAGUGAAGAGGACCACUAAGAGCUGGCGUCACCCACUCAGAAAACCUACUGCAAGGGCUGUACCCACUGCUGUCAAACAACAGACUGCCAGUGACGAUGAGCCCCCUGAAGCAAGCCUGGCAGAGGAGGAGGAACAGGAAAUGGAGGCAUGGGCGAAGCCCCUCAUCUACCUAUGGCAGAACAGGAAGAGCUGCUUCACAGCAGAGAGGGAGUACAAUGCUCAUGCUGCCACCGUGCAGCCAUACUGUGCUGUGUGCACACUCUUCAUGCCCUAUUAUCAGGCUGAAGACAAAGCAGAGGACAAUACACCUAUCGUAGCUAUGGAUACCUCCAAAUCCUCAUCUCCAAAGGAGGGCCCCACACAUCCCUGUAGAGGUCUGAGAAGGACCAGGCCCCUGGUCCCAGAGAUCUGCUUUUCUUACCGGGAGCAGAACUACCCCCCAACUCCCACAAACCCUCUGCUGCAGGAAGAUGGCACCUCCCCUCUGCUCUACUGCCAGGGCUGUUGCUUGCAAGUUCAUGCAAGUUGCUACGGUGUUGCCACAGAUGAUGUCAGCGAACAGUGGUCGUGUGAUCGCUGUACGGAAGGAAGCUUUACAGCAGAAUGCUGUCUUUGUAACCUCAGAGGUGGAGCUCUGAAGAAAACCCAAAACGACAAAUGGGCCCACGUGAUGUGUGCAGUAGCACUGCCAGAGGCAAGUUUUAGCGAUGAAGCCAAGAGAAGUCUCAUCGACACUAGUAGGAUCCCCAUGCAGCGAUAUAAACUGAAGUGCAUCUAUUGUCGUAAGCGCUGUUCGGGGAAGCGGCAGGCAGGUGCAUGUAUCCAGUGCUCAUGUGGCCGGUGUCCCACCUCCUUUCAUGUGACCUGUGCCCAUGCUGCCGGUGUAAUCAUGGAGCCUGAUGAUUGGCCGUAUGUCGUGUCAAUCACCUGCCAUAGACAUCAAUCACGGAGCUCGUCCGCUAAGCAGCGAGCGUGCCAAGCAUCCAUCUCACUGGGCCAGACGGUGAUCUCAAAACACAAGAACCUGCGCUACUACAGCUCAAAGGUCACCCAGAUCACCUCCCAGAUGUUCUACGAGGUCAUGUUUGAUGACGGCUCCUUCUCAAACGAUACCUACCCCGAGGAUAUAGUGAGCAGAGAUUGUAUGAACUUGGGUCCUCCUGAAGUGGGGGAAGCUGUUCAAGUGAAGUGGCCCGAUGGGCUGUUCUACGGUGCCAAAUACCUGGGAUCCAAUGUAUCCUACAUGUAUCAGGUGGAGUUUGAGGACGGGUCUCAGGUGCUGGCAAAAAGAGAAGAUGUCUAUACUUUAGAUGAAGACCUGCCUAUAAAGGUGAAACGUAGACUUUCCACGGCCUCAAGCAUGCGUUUCCAGGACGCCUUCUUCACUACGCAGGGGGAGAGGAAACGGCAGAGAACGCCCAAUUCACGCUUCCAGAAAGACUAUGUGGCCCUGCCAGGCCUCCGUACAAAUGCCAAAAGCACAUGGGAGCAACGCAGCCACAAAGGGAAAUGAAGUCAUGGUGAAUGAU